UUUUAAUUAUUUUAAAUACAAUUAUUGUAAUUUUAAUUCAUUAAUAAUAAUAGCUUAGGAGAAAUGGAUCCAAGUUUUGUAGAAUUUUAGCCUGUAGAAAGAAAAAGGAGAAACUUAGAAGAUUUCUCUGAUGAAUAAAAGUACUACUUAGAUAUUCUAAGCAAAUUUUCAUAAAGAUAAUAGUAUUCAAAAAGCGUAAGAGCUGAGGAUAAGCCUACCCAUAAAGAAAUUAUGGUUAAGGAAUACUUUAAUUAUUUGAAUGUAAAUGAAUAGGUGUAAUGGAAUGAUUUGCAAUAAUAAUAUAAAAAACAUUAAAAUGCAUCUUUGUAUUUAACAGGAGGCGCUUUCUCAGCAGGAUGUGUUUAUUAUUUAAUGGUAACUCCUAACACUAAGUCUAUGGGGUUGUAGGCAGUGAAAAGUGGAGUAGCUUCAAUUUUAAUUGGAUUUAGUUACUUCAAAUACUAGCAAGCACUAUAUUUUAGAGACUUACAUAAAUUUUAUAUAUUAACAUUAGACAGAGUUAAAAAUAGAAGAAGAGUUAUACUCAACGAAUGA